GUGAACGCGCUCUGGCAGCGGCGUGCACGAGGAAGGCUGACAGUGGAGCGGUCCGGUAAAUCACUGCAAUGGAAGAGGAGUAGGGGAGGGUGGAGGACACCGGCUACAGCCCUGCCUCCAAUCUGCAUGUGAGUACACGGCAGAGUAGACACACGGCAGGAAGGCAGAGCACCAUCACAGGGCAACAAAGGGACGCAUGGUUCAUACAAGGCAUCCAAUAAAGCAAAGAUCUGAGACACGUCGCGCUUGCAAGCGUUUGAUUACGUCCGUCUUCACCUCAAAGAGAGUAAAAGCACAGCACGGUGAUGGAGCUGGAGCACUUUGAUGAGCGGGACAAGGCUCAAAGAUACACCCGAAGGGGCUCGAGAGGGAAUGGGCUCCCCAGUCCCACUCACAGUGCUCAUUGCAGCCUGUACAGAACCAGGACGCUGCAAACACUGAGCUUGGAAAAGAAGGCCAAGAAGAUCCGUUUCUACCGCAAUGGAGACCGAUACUUCAAGGGGAUUGUGUAUGCCAUUUCUCAGGAGAGAUUUAGGUCUCUAGAAGCACUCUUGGCUGACCUUACAAGGUGUCUGUCAGAUAAUGUCAACUUGCCCCAGGGAGUACGGACCAUAUACACCAUUGAUGGGUCAACAAGGAUCACCAGCAUGGACCAGCUGUUGGAAGGGGAGAGCUAUGUUUGUGCAUCCAUAGAGCCCUACAAGAUGCUGGACUACACAAAGAAUGUAAAUCCUAACUGGUUAGUUGGUGUCAAGACUCCCGUGUCUGUCCGUGACCCUUCUUCCCUUGGUAGCGCCAAGGCUGGAUCCCCGGAAACCAGGGAGAACAAGGAAUUCAUUAGGCCCAAACUGGUAACAAUUGUCCGCAGUGGAGUAAAACCUCGCAAGGCUGUACGGGUCUUGCUCAACAAGAAGACUGCACACUCCUUUGAGCAAGUCAUGACCGACAUCACAGAUGCCAUCAAGCUAGACUCCGGAGUCGUCAAAAGGCUUUACACUGUCGACGGCAAGAUGGUCACCUGCCUUCAGGACUUUUUUGGGGAAGAUGAUAUAUUCAUUGCUUGUGGCCCCGAAAAGUUCCGCUAUCAAGACGACUUCAACUUGGAUGAAAGUGAAUGCAGGGUGGCAAAGUCUGCAUCUUACGGUCGGCUGCCCUCCAUACACGGUCGCUCUUCUCCAAGAGGUGGUGGGAUGUCCCGCAGGAGCAAGUCUCCCUCAUCUACCGGUUCAGCUAACGGCACUGCAGGCAGUCAGCUCUCCACACCUCGCUCUGGAAAGUCUCCAAGCCCCUCUCCAACCAGUCCAGCUAGCCUCAGAAGACGACAGGGUUCUCAACACAGUGGUUCUUCACUCUCCUUAGCUUCUACCAAGGUAUGCAGCUCAAUGGAUGAAGGAGAUGGACCCAGCAGUGAAGCUGAGCCAGUGGAUGAGUUUUCGUCAGUCCCUGCCUCCAUAGCGGAGAGGUACAAAGUGGGGAGGACUUUAGGAGACGGAAACUUUGCCGUGGUCCGAGAGUGCGUGGAGAGAUCCACUGGAAGGGAGUAUGCUCUGAAGAUCAUCAGCAAAGAUAAGUGCAGGGGAAAGGAGCACAUGAUACAGAGCGAAGUAUCGAUCCUUCGGCGCGUGAAACAUCCCAACAUCGUUCUUCUGAUUGAGGAAAUGGACACUCAAAAUGAGCUCUAUCUUGUAAUGGAGUUAGUUAAGGGGGGUGAUCUCUUUGAUGCCAUUACAUCUUCUAACAAGUACACAGAGCGAGAUGCCAGUUCUAUGCUGUUCAACCUGGCAAGUGCUAUCAAGUACCUGCACAGUCUCAAUAUUGUCCACAGAGACAUAAAACCAGAAAAUCUGCUGGUGUAUGAGCACAAUGAUGGGAGUAAAUCACUGAAGUUAGGAGAUUUUGGCUUGGCUACUGUCGUCAACGGGCCCCUCUAUACCGUGUGUGGCACGCCCACCUAUGUGUCACCAGAGAUUGUUGCUGAGAUGGGAUAUGGACUAAAGGUUGACAUUUGGGCAGCAGGCGUCAUCACUUACAUACUGCUGUGUGGGUUCCCUCCCUUCCGUGGGAGUGGUGAAGACCAGGAGGCACUCUUUGAGCAGAUUUUGAGGGGCCAGCUUGAAUUUCCUGCACCACACUGGGACAAUGUAUCAGACUCAGCCAAGGCUCUGAUCACUGGGAUGCUGCAGGUAGAGGUGGAUAAAAGAUAUUCAGCUGUACAAGUCCUCGAUCACCCCUGGGUCAAUGAUGAUGGCGUAUCAGAGAGAGAACACCAGCUGCCAGUGGCUGGGAAAAUCAAGAAGCACUUUAACACCAGAGUCAAGGUCAACAGCACUACAGCUGGAGUGUCAGUGAUCACAACCACGCCACUUGAUAAAGAGAAGCAAGUUUUCCGACGAAGACGCCACCAGGAUGUAAAGGCCCGCCUCCCUCAUGGUAUCGGUGCCAGUCCCUCCCACAGUGCUAACCGUGGCCUCCCCACCGCUGAGGUCACCUCUGAGUCUGAAGACUAUUCCCCAAGUUCGGCUGACACUGUCCGUUCACCCACUUCUCCAUUCUAAAAGCCUUCCUGAAGUGACGGCGCCGUCCACCCCCCUGUGGGAAAAGAGGGAGAGGGUUGGAUGGGUGUAGUCUGCUGACUCAGACAUUCACAGACUGAAUAAUUAUCUUUACCUAUUUUGUGCCCUGAACCCCCCCCCCCCCGUAAUGUUACCUUUUAUUUAAAUUCAAAAAUGCAUUUAGGGGAGAAGUUUAGUCUCUGUAUCACAAAACCCACCUUAAGAGCAUGCAAUCAUGUCUUAAGAGGCUUAUAGCUCAUUUCCAGGUUUAUAUUUUUAUGCCCCAGCUCAAAUGGCACAUCUUUGGAUCACUUACAGUUCAAAAUCAAAGCAGCCCCUCAGUUCACCCAGUGAAACAGGUUGUUUUUGCUAAUGUCUCUUCAAGGCCCGCCUCCCAAUGAGCUCACUCUGUCCUAAUUGGCCAACUUCCAGAUGCUGGCCUCCCCUCUGUACAGACUUGUGCUGGCUCUUGGGCUCCAGAGCUACAAAAACAAACAUCAUUAUUCAGGUUUCAUAGUUUUUUCUGUUUCCCCUAAACGUAAAGUACGCCAAAAAAAAAAAAGUUUUUUUUCUGGAGCCUGAACAACUCACUGACUAAGGUAGAAGAACAGAUGUCCACUAGUGGGCAUUUAAGUAGAGAAACAGAGGUAACAAUAAGAAGGCUGAUUUUUAAGCAGUUAUUGGAUAGGCUUCUGUCAGGCUUCUGUCAUGGCAUGUAUGCCCCCCAGCCAGCAAUCUGUUUAGGUCUUUUUUCAGCUCAGUGAACACUGUUUCAUUGUAGUACUUUGGAGCCCUCUGCUGGUUAAUACUGUAUCCUGCAGGAAGACAUUGUUAGUGUAAGCGUCAAUGCAAAACCGUAGCUUCUAAAUAUCCAGUUAGAUGCAGUACAUGAUCGGUGCAUAUCUGACUCUAAAUCAUAUUAGCAGUAUCAGUCAACCUUCUGUUGUACUGUAUGACAUACAGUAUAACUUUGUGCUGUAGUACUUGAAGUUGUGGUGCAUAAACCAUCGAUGCAUUAAUUUGAAAGUGAAAAGACAUGCUGCUAAAUAUAAUUAUUUCCUGGACCUAACCGAGUGAGGACAGUUUCUGUCCCACCACCAAGUAGCUUCUCAACGAGAAAAUGGACCAGUGAUGUUUGACUCGUGUGCUCGAGGAUAAUUUCUAAGACCGUUCUGUUACACGUCUGAGUGUGAUUGUAAUCCGGCUGUGGUACAUUUGAAUGUCAGUGCUGCAGUUGGUGGUAGGUGCAUGUUUUAAGGCCUUGUCUUGGCACAUUUAGAUUUAAGUGCAAUUAGGUGCACUGCCCAAGAGCACAGUAUCAAAUCCUGUAUAUGUCCUUCGUAAUGCUCGCGGAUGUGAGAAUGUGCUGCUGGGAUUAUUGGAAGGUGACACACUUCUAUCAGAUGAGGGCAGCUGGUGCAGCACUGAUAAUUUUCACACACUGAAAUAGGAACCAAGUUAGUAAAUGUUACUAAACACAGCAGUGCUUCCAGUAAAACACAUUAUUUUCACAUUUCUUAAGUCGGUGAAUUUGUUGAAUGUUUCUUUCAAUGAUCUGAUCAAACAUGACUGAGGAGUUUAGGUCACAAGACUCUGUGUGCUUUAUGUCUAAUUACUUCAUGCAUCGGCUCACCGAGGACGAAAUAUUCAUGGAUGUGAAUGUCUUUCCUUCAUCAUAAACUGUAAUCUGCAUGUGUGCUAAUAUGCAUCCCGAAUCAGUUGUUCCGGUCUUCUGCUGUUUAAUAUACGCCUGUCAGAUAUAAAACCUUUCCUCCAAUCAUUAUACUUGUUGUCUAGAUGAAUGGACUCUGGUAAAAGCAGACUGUAGUCGUACCACAGCUAAGAUUUGUAUAUACUUAGUUUAACAGGAGUGUAACGUCACACCGCUGACUUUGUUGUAAAAGGGCUUUUAUGUUUUCGAUUAGAAGGAAUUGAACCCAAAAAGCACAAGAAAAGGAAGUUGUGAGUUUUGGGGAAUGUACCUCAUCAUCAUCAUCAAAAGAUUAUGUAAUGUUUACAUACAGUUUUUACCAACUGUACUGAAAUAGCAAAACUGGGAAUGCCAUUAUUUUGGAGGGGAUGGAGUUGUGUUGUUUACCCAUAUUCCACUGACGUAAGGAUGCUGUAAAACAAUCUGAGAACGAACAAAAACGGGGAAAAAAUUCUGCAAUUAAAAAAAAAAAAAAAAAAUUCCAACAAUGUACUCUGCACAGAAACCAAACCU